ACAGUUGUUUUAGAAACACAUAACAGUUCUAACAGAUGCACACAUCGAACAGUGAGCAGUGAAAUAAAAUGUUGUUAAAUGUGAAAAUACUCUAAAGUCUCUGGAAAAAAUUUCCAAAUAAUUGUAUCCAUACAAUCGUCGUUGUAUAUAUAUUAAUACUAUGUUGACGACUUUCUAUUUUGAUUUUGAUUUCUACGGUACCACGCUUUCAAACAGCUAAAACAUUUAAAUAUUUGAAUAAAGUUCUCAAUUAACAGUACACAUGUAAAAGCAAACAAGAAGAAACUUUUUUAUCUAAAACUAUGUUUUUGAAAGAUUUUUCAGGUUCCAAAAUUUUUUUUCUCGAUUUUGUUUUGAAGUUAAAAAAAUGAAACAUCUAGCAUUGCUGAUGAUUUUCCAGAUCGGGUUUCUCGACUGCUAUUUACUGCGUUCCUUUAAGCAGUGUCAGACGCAAACUUCUAAAGAAAUAUUUUAUGCAAGUCUGCCAUCCUCCUUCUGUGAUAAAAACUUUGCACUGCCAUUUUAUACUCCAGAUGUUGUUGGAAACUAUGAACCAUUUCCCUCACCACCCCCGGGUGGAGAAAAAACUAUUGUCCUAGGGGCAGCACUCAAGUUUGACAUGAUCGAGUAUGGGAUGUCAAUGACAACCUCGGAUACGAUACCUUUAGACAGAGAUGUCAAGGAUCUGCGUGAGCCUGGUUGUAAAAACUGGAACUAUCCCUCCAACCUUCCUUCUACCAGUGUAGUGAUUGCUUUCCAUAACGAGGGUCUCAGUGUUCUCAUUAGAACUAUAGUUAGUGUACUCAACAGAUCUCCUACGAAAGUGUUAAAAGAAAUCGUUCUGGUGGAUGAUUUCAGUAAUAUCAACGAAUUUCCUCAUUUAGGAUCUGAACUGGAGGAUUGGAUAAAGAAGACGAACAAGGUGAGGAUCUCCAGGAAUAAGAAGAGGGAGGGGCUCAUCGUCAGCAAGAACCUUGGGGUUCUCCAAGCGACAGGAGAGGUGGUCGUUUUUCUAGAUGCACACUGCGAGGUUGGUUUGAACUGGCUCCCUCCUCUACUCACACCUAUACUUAGAGAUCCAGCAACUCUAACUGUUCCCAUUGUUUAUCCAAUAGAUCAUACUGAUUUCUCAUCUCGCUCUGUAUAUGCCAGAUCAACUAAACCUAUUGGUAUCUGGGAGUGGGGACUACUUUAUAAGGAGUUGCAUCCUGUUCUGGCAGAGUCACAGGAGAACCUUACUUCUCCUUAUCCUUCUCCUCUUCAUGCAGGUGGAUUAAUUGCUUUUAACAAAGAAUAUUUUCUCAGUGUUGGAGGAUAUGAUCCUGGGUUAAAGGUUUGGGGUGGGGAGCAGUGUGAAUUAUCCUUCAAGAUCUGGAUGUUUUGUUUAGUGUUGGAGGAUAUGAUCCUGGGUUAAAGGUUUGGGGUGGGGAGCAGUGUGAAUUAUCCUUCAAGAUCUGGAUGUUUUGUUUAGUGUUGGAGGAUAUGAUCCUGGGUUAAAGGUUUGGGGUGGGGAGCAGUAUGAA